AUGGAGUUUGUAAUAUACGUCUUCUGCUUGAUAUCGUGCGUCAGUGCCCGAAUGAACGUCCUGUUCCUCUGCGCUGAUGACCUGCGUCCUGAGCUGCCCAUGUACGAUGGCCCAUACUUUCCAUCUCCGGUUCAUCCACCAAUCCACGCUCCCAAUCUAGCAGGUCUCGCCAGUAAGAGUAUGGUCUUCAAGAGAGCCUAUGCUCAACAGGCUCUAUGCUCCCCGAGCCGCACCUCUCUCCUGACUGGGCGCCGUCCUGACACAACCCACGUGUACGACCUUGACAAUUACUUUAGGCACGUUGGCGGCAACUUCACCACCAUUCCUCAGUUCUUCAAGAACCACGGCUACCACAGUAUUGGAGUUGGCAAGAUAUUCCACCCGGGUAAAGCUUCAGGAGGAAAUGAUCCCGUCUCGUGGUCUGAGAAAUAUUUCGAUGCCCAUGAAGCAAACCAUUACCUCGAAGAUGGAUCAAGCUGGAAAGCUGUACCAGAUAAUCUACUCGACAGCCAGCAUGUUCUACAAGACACCUUAAUAGCCGAUCACGCCGUACAGGUAAUAAACGACAUCACUCAAAAAACAAAGAAUGGCGAGAAUUUCUUCCUGGCUGUUGGGUUCCACAAGCCCCAUCUGCCGUUCGAGUUUCCAGCUCGCUUCCUGGAUUAUUACCCAGAAGACUCAAUUCAUCUUCCUCCCAACCCACGAGCUCCUGACGGCAUGCCUCAUAUUGCCUGGGCAACUUAUGGCGAACUGAGGCACUACACUGACAUAGCUCCACUAAAUGCAUCGGGCUACCCGAACACGACUUUGCCUGACCAGGUGGUUAAGCAACUCCGCAGAGCCUACUACAGCGCUGUCAGCUACAUGGACUUUGAACUCGGGAAGGUUCUUGAUGCGCUUGAGAAGCAAGGCCUUGCCAACAACACUAUUGUGUCUUUUUCGGCGAUCAUGGCUGGCAGUUAG